GUGCAAAGUAUCAUAAUCAAUCCUAAUUCAUAAACUAAGAAUACCAACGCUUAUUAAUUAAGUUGUCUUAAUUGAAUUGUAAUUAAUCUAUCCGUAGUUGUUAAUGCGAAUAAGGAAAUAUUGAAUUAGUUUUUAUAUAUUGCAUUGAUUGUGAUUUGUGUAUCAGCUGUCUCAAUAAUUUUACGCUUAUAUAUAAUGCAUAUUUAUAAAAUAUAUCUGAAUAUAGAUGGUGAACUGAAUAUAAUGUGAGGUCCAGAGUGCAGGUGUUCUAGAGAUCUUAAAUCAUGCAAAAGUUGACGCUUCGUAUAGUGUACACAACACAAUACACAUAGUGGAUCUGGCUUAUAAUCUCAUUUGUGUUUUGUAUCAAGAGUUUAAUUUUUGUUAUGCUGAGAUUCUAGUAAUUAAAUAACUACUAAAUAUGAGGGUUUUCUAUUACAUGACAAUGUGAUGACUGGUAUGGUGAGGUAUCAUAUAAUCGACGGCUUGUUUAUCUCUUUUCGGAUUUUAGAUCCCGUUUUUGGUCGAUAAUGUGUGUUUGUGUAAUAAAAUUUGAGGUGACAAAAAAAAGGAACCAUGGCAUGUUCGCUAAAGAAAACUCAAACCCUGCAACCUAUUUGUAUAGCUAAUUACAGAUGCACUGUCUCUAGGGAAAUACAGUAUAUAAUAAAGGAUGACUUUGACUCUUUUUACAGCUAGCUAAACUCCCAUGCUGUAACUAUUAUCUGCACUACAUAUCAUAUAAUGUUUAAAUAAGAUCCCUACAAUUCCUUUUUUAUAGUUUUGAAUGGAACUAAUAUCAAUAUUAGUCUCACUCCCAGCAUCAAAUCAUUGGGGGGGGCGGGGUGUUCCAUGGAUUUAUAAUAGCAUGUGAUGGCUGAUGAGGUUAUUCAUUUGAGCCCAAAAACACGUACAGUUGUACCCUAUAUAUAUUGACAUAUAAAGCAUCUAGUCAUUCACCGAUUGUUUUUAUAUUCUAACUAAGACAAAACUUAUAGAUAGAAUAUUACGAACAUAACACAUGAUUCGAACAAGUACAGUCCUCGGGUUGGAAUUUCAGGUAGCGGAGUUUCCGCUUAAACCACAUGCUAAUCUCAGCGAAUUAUUUUAAAAUGUAGAUUAAGAGUAUAUAAAUCAAGAUCUAAAUAUCUAUAAUAUACUAGCAAAACACUUUUCUUUUUUUAAUUGUUUUUUCCUGUUUUGAAAUAUUUAGUUACUGUGAAACUAAGCUUUACAUUUUACAGAGUGCGGUAAUAUAUAUACCGUUAGAAAAAGGUAGAGGAAAACUGAUAAAUCAAAUAAAAUUCAUUUAAUAUAUGCGCCCCAUAAUCCAACGAAGGUAUGGCCACGACAUUGCGAAUAAUUUACGAAAAGUUAGACUAAAUAAUUACGUUCUUAAGUUUGAGUAAUUGAUCAAAAUAAAGACGUGUAACUAAUAAGGACAUGAGAAAUGUAGAGGAGCGUACAUCUAACUGCAUACGACAAAGGAAAACUUGCGACGUGUUAUUUGAGUAUAUGUCCCCGAGUAAAUUAAGAAUUGAAAAAUCGUUGUUGCAGUGUAGUGCCCUAAGAUUAUUUUGGGUUCGAUCAUAGUUUAAUUCAAGUUGGAUAGGAAUCUGAUAAAAUUGUAUCAAUAAAAAAUGUUAUUUACUGGAAAUUAUCACACCCCACAAGAAAAAACCUCUUCGGUUUUAGUAAAAAAAAGUGCUUAGAUAUUGACAUAUUGUAUAUAAAUAUUAAUAUUACAAACCAUCAGAAACCAAAAAACCGUAUGGAAUGUCUUGCUGGAAAUUAGGGUCAUUAUCGAAUUUUGAAAUUUUAUUGAGCCGAUAGAAAACUAUUUAGAUAUGUAACUAUUCGUAUUUAUAUAUUCAAGCUGUCGGGCUGAAUCAACUAGUUAUAGUGUAUAGCAUACUAGUUACGGAUGGGGAGUUUAUAUAUACAAAACAUUGAUAAUGCAUAAUUCAUUUGUCCAAAAAAGGCAUUUUAAAAUUCAUUACUAUUCUUACAGAAAUGCAUGAUUUUAUUACUAAACAAUAAUGUAUUAUGUGAAGCCGUGAAGUAUAUAUUUUUGAAAUAAACGUGAGAAGACAUCAAUCUUUGGAGAUCACUAUGUCAACUAAUAACUUAACCCAUUUGAUAUAAGAGAAUAAUUUGAUUCAUCGUGGAUUUAAUCAAGUGUAGUUUAUUAAAGGUUGAUAUCAAGCUUGACGGGAAACAAGGACAUUGGAAAUGGAACUGCUGCAGAAAGCUACUCAACUUUUUGAUCGGAAUAGAGAGAGAAAGAGCACUUUGGAUUGGUUUAUUGGGAAACGAAAGAAGACAAGUGUUUGAGACUAUUAUGAGAGAGAGACGAAGAGUGUUGUGUGAGCCACUCACAUGGCUCAUCACUCUCCUCUCGUUCUUUUUUCAAAUUUACUUCUUUAACUCCAUCGCCAAUAUAUAGCAGCUCUAACCAAAUUUUAUAGUUUAUGAAAUAAUGAUAUAAGUUGUGUGAAUAAAAUAUAAUAUGCGUAAUAUGUAUUAUAUACAAAAUGCCAUGCAGUUUAAUUGAUCAUCUUUCAGAUCUUAACCCGGUUUAGUGAUGUUUUUCUUUCUUCAAAUUGACGCUGUGUCUGCUCUUGUAGAUGUCUCAUGUUAUAUCAAUUAGAGUUUUCACGACCUUGAAAAAAAACAACAGAUGAUUUUUUCAAGCUUUGCAAUCGUGGAAUAGUUUUUUCCUACUAGGAUACUUACUUGGAUGGUUUUGAAAGUAUUGUAUCCUUUUCGGUCAAGAAAAAGUUCGAUUAGAAAUAUAGGUACACAGAGGAGACAAGAGAAUCAUAGCUAAAGAUUUAUUUUGAGAUCCUUCGGAUUCUUCUGAUGAAAUGAUUUUCUUUUGUUCUCUAUGAUUUUUUGUUGGAUCACAUUUAAGUUGUUGUCCCUCUCGGUUGGUAUAACUGAACAACCAAUUUUGUUACAUAGCAACCCUAACUCCCUAAGUCGUAUCAUAGCCAUCAUUCUCACAUCUUCUCUUCCGGAUUAAAGUUCGAUAAUUUUAAUUGGUACAAUGGUUAAAUCAGACCAAUGGAAACAUGACACACACAUAGCUAGUUAAUCAAUACUGUAUACAAAUUAGUUGGCUAUCAUCUUCUUUAGUUUUUACAUAUGUCAACGUCAAUAAUACUUUGUUUGAACGUGAUAUGAUUACAUUAGUAAAGAAAUUACCCCACACACCGAAAUGUUAUUCCUAUUGUUAUCCGUGAGUUUUGCUUUAUGAUUAAUUUUGACCGUGUAUGGAAAUUAAAUGUGACUGUUAACUUUUGCCAUUUCUGGAUGCAUGUUUUUUUUUAAUUUGAAAGAUGGACUGCUAUGAUCACCAUUUUCAGAACAUGCGAAUACUUAUGAUAGUCAUGUAAACUCUUAUACUCCAAAUCAUUUCGUAUUUAAAAAAUAAAUGCAUGAAGCGGCCAGAAGUAGAGAGUCGAAAACGGCUAAAAGGUAACUUUCAUCUCUUUUCAUGUUUUCUCUUAAUUUAUACUAUACAAGUAGGUUGUUUAAACGGGUAAUUGAUUUUAAGGUUGAUUAUAUAUAGCUCCAUCGGAAUUUGUUGUUUUGCUAGUAUUCCUGUUAUUAAAGACGUUUUAACAACUAACUCGUUGGUGGUCCUGGGGUGUUUGUUCCACCUUAUUUUUACAGAUUGAGUUAGGCAUUUCUAAUACAUUUGGAAGAAAUGAUUUAUGCUCUAAAUGAUAUCAUAUAUCAAAGGGUUAAUUUCGGGCCUCCAAAUUUUUUCUUAUGUAUAAACAAAACGUUUGAACCAAACAUUGGUGAAAAACUGAAUAUAUGUUAUCUUUUAAUCGAAUAUACAUAAUUUUGUAUAUGCGUUUUUACAUUAGCAGCGGAUUUAGUAUACACCAGUAUUAAAUAUACGGAAUGUAUUUUCACAUAUAUGAUACCUAUGUGAUAUGCUGUACAGUGAGACUGUAUCGUUUACGCUAUAAAGCGUCUUCAUACGUAAAACAACAAAAUAGUUGCGCAUAUACAAGCUACAUACAUAUGCACGUACGAUGACUCUCAUAUCAUUUUAAAUGUCCAAAACAUAGCAACAAUGUUUACUAUGAAAUUGUGUGGUUGUAUGUGCACGUAUUGAUAAAUUUAUGUUUCCACUUUUUGUUUAAAAGAAAAUAUCCACCAUACAAUUUCAGAAUAACCUUGCCAACGCAAUUUAAGUUAGAUGACGAUAAACGAGACUUCAUAACGUAAAAAGAUUUACAAAUUUCAAGGAUGAUAUAGCAUAUGUCACCUAGAUUACAUAUAAUAUACGUACAUCAUCUACUAUUUAUGAAUUUUCUAGAUAUCGUUCUGUUUGUCGUCUUACACUACACCAUUUUCAAGCCUUCUUAUAAUCUAUGCUAAACCGAUUUUACUUGUACUGUACUGAAGAUUUCUUGUGUUUCUCUAUUAAUUUGCAUAAUUAAUUAAUAAAACAUUUUUUCAGGAAUGUGCAAUUUAGACCUUCUAAUACAGAAGCAUUAGUAAACUUUCAAUGAAGCCACAAAAAUUAAAAGACCUUUCACAAUCAUUCAUUCCGUUUAGUAUCCAUAUUUUCCCGACAAUUGCCUCUUAUACAAAGGUCAUAAGCAAAUAAAUGAAUGUCUCUAUACAAAAUUAUAUUCAACGUUGUUAAGAUUAUGUACUUCUAAAAAGCCAAAAUUUUACUUAGAAUUAGUAUAUAUACAUUUAUACAAUUUAAUAUACAUACUUGCUGGUUUGAAAAUGAAUUUCAACUCUAUAAACUAUAAACCACCAGAUACAAUAUAUGUAAUUAUGUAUCUAUUAUAAAGGCAAUAAGCUUUAGGUCAUAUGCAUGAUUUUUAAUGUUCUUACAGUUAUUCCAUUACGAGUAGGAUUAUGUGAUUGAACGAUAUAUAUGAGUUAAUAAAAAGAAUAAAUCAGCGGUCGUAGUCUCCGCAUCAUUCGCGGGAAAAAAUUACUCGUAUAAAUAGCCUAAGAUUUCGAACUUAUAAAGCUUUGACGUCGGCUGAUACAUAGAAACAACAAAAAAAACUUGGAUUUAUAUACAUCUCUAUCUAUACGCAUUACCACGCAGACGCACCAUAGAAGCAAAAUAUUAAUUGAACACCUAAAAGGUUAUAGAUAUACUACCCCAAUAAUUAUUAUAAUUAAUCCCAAGCAGUUCAGAAUUAUUUUUACUGAUUUUAACUUUCAUUAAUCUAAAAAAAAAUUGAAUUAAUUUUAGUUUUCAUUUGAUUAUAGCGACGCAUCUGAUAUACGGCAAAAAAACAUUAAUUCAUAGCAACGUAUAAAGUUGAGAGUCUUGAGACUUCAACUUGUUAUAUCUCUCUCCUAGAACAUGAGUGUAACUAGACAAAACCCCAAAGCCUGCCAAAACACACAGAAUCUUUUCUCUGGGUUUGCGGACCGGUCUAUAGUCUCACGUGCAAAACAAAACAUACAACAUCUCUCUCUAUAUCUUCUACUCUUUAGCUCAGUUGAUUCGAUUUUCUUUGGUACUUAUUCUGUUAUUACGAAUAUAUAUAUCAGCCUUAUACCCUCACAAGCUUCUCCUCUCUUCCAUCCAUCUAAACCACGAUCUUGUUUGACCUACUUGUUUCUUUUCUCUUUCCUUUUGUUCUUCAGUUUUGCUGAGUUUUUAGAGAAAUGUUUUCUAUUAAUCUUUUUAUUACUGUAGAGGUAUCAUUACAAGUUUAAUUUGCCUAUAGUGUGUCUUUACCUUUUGACUUGUCUACCUAUCGAAACAAAAAGAGAGAGAAACACUUUCUGUCUUUCUUUUCUCUCUCUCUCGGACCCUUUUCAUAUUUUUUUUAGUAUACUUUCAACUAAUUUUGUAGCUAAUUAUGGCCUUAGAGACUGUUGUUUACCUGCAAGAUCCAUUGUCCUACAGCUCCUGCAAAGACUUUCCGUUUCACGAUUUAUACUUUCAACAAGGGGAAGAUCAAGAUCCACUAGACACCAAGAAUAACAUUAAGCUAGGGCAAGAACAAAGACAAGGGUUUGGGAGUAUUAACUACAACGGUAAAGGCGGAGAUAACAGUGUUGAUUAUAGUUACAACGAUCAGGUGGAUCUUCAGUGGCCACUACACGAGCUUCCUUAUGGAUCUACCGUCGACACCAAGAACCAUCCUCCGCCCUCGGAUAUGGCGGCUACUGGAGGAGAGAGGAGGAAGAGGAGAAGGACUAGGAGUAACAAGAACAAAGAAGAGAUCGAGAACCAGAGGAUGACUCACAUCGCCGUCGAGAGAAAUCGCCGGAAACAAAUGAACGAGUACCUCGCCGCUCUCCGUUCUCUCAUGCCACCUUGUUAUUCUCAGAGGGGAGAUCAAGCGUCAAUAGUAGGCGGAGCCAUUAACUACUUAAAGGAGCUUGAACAUCAAUUACAAUCAAUGGAGCCUCAGGUAAAGACCACCGCCACAAAAGAGACCAGAUCCACCGUCGGCGACAAGAACAACACAAUCACCGCCAGCUCAUCCGGACCGUUCUCAGAUUUCUUUGCAUUUCCUCAAUACUCGAGCCGGCCUUCGUCAUCAUCUGUGGCUGAAGGGACGGCGGAGAUAGAGGUGACGAUGGUGGAAAGCCAUGCAAGUGUGAAGAUACUUGCUAAGAAGAGACCGAAACAGCUUCUUAAACUCGUGGCAUCGAUACAGAGCCUACGGCUCACACUUCUUCAUCUCAAUGUCACCACUCAUGACGACUCUGUCCUCUAUUCUAUCAGCCUAAAGGUACUUUUUUCUCACUUCUUGGAUUUUUGUUUUGUUUUUGUUUUUGUUUUCAAUAUAUUUAGCUUCAUGACGAAAUUAAAGUUAGGGUGACAUAUAAUACUGUAUAUAGGGUUUUAUAUUGUGUUGCAAAUCCAAAUUAAAGUGGUUUACUGGAUCACUAAUAUAAUCACUGUUCUCAGUGUUCUGAUUGCUAGUUAUGGGUCAAUGAUUCAUAGAUUAUUUUCCCAUCACGGAAGUUUUAUUAAUAUGUGUCUUUUUGUCGCACAUUUAAUUAAUUUGUCCCUCAUUCGUACGUCUUGAGAUUUUAAUGUCUGGGCCAAAAAGGUUUUGUAUAAUAAUGAAAACCGUUCGUUUUUUUUACUUGGUUAAUGCCGGCCUCAAUUAUUGAGGGGUCAAAAUCAUCAUUUUUUAUUUAUAAAAAAAUAUGUGUCAAAAUAAUGAAUCUUGUAAGAAUCAGGGAC